AUGGUUUCUUCUAACGAGGCGGACCAUCUUGAUGCCUAUUCGGAAAUUAGACUGGUGAUUGGAGAUGGGGAGUGUUUCUACAGGAGCUUCAUAUUUUCCUACCUAGAGCAAGUUAUUGAUAGGCAGGACACAGAUGAGGAACAUCGUCUCCUUGAUGUUGUUGAAAGAAUGUCUGUGCAACAUGCAAUUCUUGGAUGGAACUCUGAGUUUUCCAGGACCAGCAGAGCAUUUGAGGAGCUGAUUGAGAAAGUAAUGAGAUGGAAGGGCACGGAAUCAACUAGCAGUUGCCGUAAAGAGGAACUUCUCCAGUUCUUCAGCACGUAUGAGAGGACGCAAGACAUUUUUGCUUUCCUCAGAUUACUAGUAGCUAUCCAUAUAUGCUCGCACAGUGAGGAGUAUGUACCACAUAUACCAGAGGUCGACCAAGGAAAUUGCAGUCUGGAAGUUUGGUGCUUGGAGCACGUCAUUCCAGCUCGUGUGGACGCGGACCAUGUUAUGUUGGUGGCUUUGGCCACAGCGCUUGAGGUCCCCCUCAGAACGGAAUCAUUCCAACAAGGAUAUGCUCGAGAUAUCUACACUGGUCCUGGAUUUCCCCGUCCGAGUGUGACCCUGCUGUACACGGGAAAUCACUACAACAUCAUCUACCCACGUGCUCCUUCUGCUGAGAGUUCAAGUCAUCAGGCUUCCAAGAGAGAAGAUCCUGCUGAUCAGAGUUCAAGUCAUCAGGCUUCCCAGAGAGAAGAGCCUGCUGGUCAGAGUUGA